GCGCUUGGGCCUGAGCGCUAAUCGUGGGUAAACCGGUUGGAAUAGAAGUUGUUGGGGUUUUUUUUUAUUGUUCCCGGCGGAUAUAACGUGGGGAGACGAGGCCGAUUUGUGCGGACGGGUAUCUUGACAUAACAGAGAGGUUUUUUUUCUGGCUGGGAAGACUUACCACGAGUACAGCAUGAAGUACGCACUUGUCUGUCUGCUGCUCAUCGGCAGCGUGUUGGCUGAUGAUGACGAUAAAAAGGAAGAUGUGGGGACAGUGGUUGGCAUCGAUCUGGGAACCACGUACUCCUGUGUUGGUGUCUUCAAGAAUGGACGUGUGGAGAUAAUUGCUAAUGACCAGGGUAACAGAAUUACCCCCUCCUAUGUGGCCUUUACCUCAGAGGGGGAACGUCUUAUAGGUGAUGCUGCAAAGAACCAGCUGACUUCAAACCCCGAGAAUACUGUGUUUGAUGCCAAGCGCCUGAUUGGUAGAACAUGGAACGAUCCUUCUGUCCAGCAGGAUAUCAAAUAUCUACCUUUUAAGGUCAUUGAAAAGAAGGCCAAGCCCCAUAUUCAAGUUGAUAUUGGAGAAGGACAAAUGAAGACAUUUGCCCCGGAAGAAAUUUCAGCUAUGGUUCUGACUAAGAUGAAGGAGACUGCUGAGGCCUACUUGGGCAGGAAGGUUACUCAUGCUGUUGUCACUGUGCCAGCUUACUUUAAUGAUGCGCAGCGUCAGGCCACGAAGGAUGCCGGUACUAUUGCAGGACUGAACGUCAUGAGAAUCAUCAAUGAACCUACUGCUGCUGCUAUUGCUUAUGGACUGGACAAGAGGGAGGGUGAGAAGAACAUCCUUGUGUUCGACUUGGGUGGUGGAACCUUUGACGUCUCCCUUCUCACAAUUGAUAAUGGCGUCUUCGAAGUUGUGGCUACCAAUGGUGACACUCACCUGGGUGGAGAAGACUUUGACCAGCGUGUGAUGGAACACUUCAUAAAGCUGUACAAGAAGAAAACUGGAAAGGAUGUUCGGAAAGACAACCGAGCAGUCCAGAAGCUGCGCCGAGAAGUGGAGAAAGCGAAGAGAGCCCUCUCCUCUCAGCAUCAGUCUAGAAUUGAGAUUGAAUCCUUCUAUGAAGGGGAAGACUUCUCUGAGACCUUGACUAGGGCAAAGUUUGAAGAACUGAAUAUGGAUCUCUUCCGCUCUACUAUGAAGCCUGUUCAGAAGGUCCUAGAGGAUGCAGACCUAAAGAAGUCUGACAUUGAUGAGAUUGUGCUUGUGGGUGGCUCUACUCGCAUCCCCAAGAUACAGCAGCUUGUGAAAGAGUUCUUCAAUGGCAAGGAACCCUCUCGGGGAAUCAAUCCUGAUGAAGCUGUAGCUUAUGGUGCUGCUGUCCAGGCUGGCGUACUUUCUGGAGAUGAAGGCAUCGGUGAUGUGGUGCUGCUUGAUGUGUGCCCUCUGACCCUGGGCAUUGAGACGGUUGGUGGAGUCAUGACCAAACUUAUCCCAAGGAACACUGUUGUUCCCACCAAGAAAUCGCAGAUCUUCUCCACAGCUUCUGACAACCAGCCAACUGUGACAAUCAAGGUUUAUGAAGGAGAGCGCCCUCUCACAAAGGAUAACCAUCUGCUGGGAACUUUUGACUUGACUGGAAUCCCUCCUGCUCCCCGUGGUGUCCCUCAGAUUGAAGUCACCUUUGAAAUCGACGUGAACGCAAUCCUUCGUGUUACAGCCGAGGACAAGGGCACGGGCAACAAAAAUAAGAUCACCAUCACCAACGACCAGAACCGUCUGACUCCAGAAGAUAUUGAGAGGAUGGUCAGUGACGCAGAGAAAUUUGCAGAGGAAGACAAAAAGCUCAAAGAGAGGAUCGAUGCUAGGAAUGAGCUGGAAAGCUACGCUUACUCACUGAAAAACCAGAUCGGGGAUAAGGAAAAACUAGGUGGCAAGCUGUCCUCUGAAGACAAGGACACAAUAGAGAAGGCUGUGGAGGAAAAGAUUGAAUGGCUAGAGAGUCACCAAGAUGCAGACAUUGAGGACUUCAAAGCACAAAAGAAGGAACUGGAAGAGAUAGUGCAGCCAAUUGUAGGCAAGCUGUAUGGCAGCGCAGGCCCACCCCCUGGUGAGGAAGAAGCAGGCGAGAAGGAUGAAUUGUAGGCCUGUUUCCUAGGUGUUGACACUGUAAAUAUUGGACUUGGAACUUUUGUUUAAACUGUUUGAACUCUAGAUCUGGAAUGCGAUCAGAAUCUUCACUUGAGUGGAGUUGGAAAUGCUAGCCCAAAAGUGGCUGUAUACUGCUUUUCAUUAGCAGCUGAUAAAUGUCCGGGGGAGGGAGGGGGAGGGGGGAAAACAAACUUGACAAGGAGAAGGGUGUGGAGAAGUGUUCCAUUCUAUUUAACAAGUGGGUUGUGUGCAUUCUGUGGAACUUUUCUACUCUCCAAGUGGCAACAAUAAAUUUGUUACUUACACUG